AUAACAUACAUGUAUUCAAUAACCAGAGGUUACGAAGCAUUAUAUGACCAUCUAUUAAUUGCAAACCUGAUGCUCGAUAUACUGGAUGUUAUUUAAGGAGAUUAUUAAUAAUGGACAGUACAGUAAUUUACAUCUCAACAUUUUUUGAAAAUAUUAAAAAGGAAAUUGCAGACUCUGUCCCAAAGGAUACAACGCUUGUUUUCCUAAAAACCAUAAAGUUUCAUCUACUUAAGUAUGAAGUUCCUGAGCUGGAAGACAAGGUUUUUGCAAGCAAGAUAGAAGUUAUGUUUGUAGAUUUACCAGUGUUAGCAAAAUACAGGAAGAAUCUGGUUAAUCUAAAAUGGGCACACACCGCAUGGAAUGGAGUGGAUAUUCUAAUGAAAACAUUUGAAAAGGAUGAGCCCCUACCAAACUUUAUUCUUACUAAAACUCCUGGCUCCCUGAAUGCAGAACACAUUACAGAGUAUGUGAUCGGUUAUAUCAUAGCCAAAGAGAGGCUUUUUUUCCAAGCAAGGAAGUCGCAGCAAAAGUCUAAAUGGGAACAAAUGAUUUAUGCUCAAAGUCGAGUCUUGUCUUCUCUAACAAUUGGUAUUCUAGGUGCAGGAGAAAUUGGACUUCAUCUUGCAAAAUCAUGUAAGGAGUUUAAAAUGAAAGUAUGGGGGUUAACGAGGAGGGAACACCCACCAGAAACCCGGAGUCAAUACAUUGAUGUCUAUAGGACAACAAAUCAACUUGAGGAAUUGCUAGAAAAUUGUGAUUACAUAUGUAACAUCUUACCAAGCACACCACAGACUAAGGACAUGUUGUCCGGUAACGUUCUGGAAAACUGCAAAGCAAAGAAAAGUGUUUUCAUCAAUGUUGGACGUGGAGAUGUCGUAGAUGAAGAAAGCAUAGUUAAAGCAAUUAAUAACGGAUGGUUAGGUGGAGCAGUCUUAGAUGUAUUCCAUGAAGAACCAUUGCCUUCUUCAAGUUCCCUCUGGAACCUCCCAGGAGUUAUUGUGACCCCACAUGUUUCCGGUUGGUCCUCAGAUGGUUCCCAUACCAGCAAUCUGUUGGCAUGUUUUGUGGACAACUUAAAUCGAUAUGUGACGGGACAGCCUUUAAAGGGGGCACUAGAUUGGUCACAGGGAUAUUAAUAAAUGGACUUAUGUGCUCACUGAUUUGAAGUAAAACACUGUUAACCUUAGUAAUACUCCACUGCUGACAAUGCAAAGCAAAUGAUUUAUAUUGCUAUAUGUUUCAACCCAUUGGACAACAAAAUCAAGAGCGGCUUCAUCUCUGUUCAACAAUAUUGAUUUUUACAUUUUACUGUGCAUGUAUUUUCCAAACCGUUACAUAUCAGCAAUUUAUCGAUAAAUUAUUAGGAAUGUAUUGUUUUUUCCAAAUUUACCACUGACUUUGUAUGUAAUAUUUUAUUUAAAACUGGUCUGUACUGCAAUUUUUUCAUCUGUAUGGGUGUUCAUUUUUUUUAAACUUCAAUACCAUAUAAUGUUUUAUAUAAUAAUCGUGUAAAUUUGAGUAAUAAUAUAAACAUUGUAGGCUAAUAUCAGGCUAAAGUAAUCAUACAUUUUCAAGGGCUUACAUUAUUUACUAUAACCCUCAGAGUUGAUCUAAUAUUUAUAUUAUUAUACCGUGCAUAAUCUAGUAAAACAGUCAUUAGAAAAAAAACUGCGUGGCUUAUCUUUAAGUUCAAAUUAUUUUACAAUUUGGCAUUGAUGGAGGGAUUUUUUUGCAACUUGUGAAAACAAAAUUUCUCAAAGAAUUUUAUUAUAUUGAAGCAAUAUCUUUACUGUAAAGCGACAUUCUUGUGUACAGUUAUUGACGUCAUAUAUCGUUAGCUUUUGAUGGCGGUGAAUUGCCUGCUUAUGUCGUUGUUUGCAUAUAUCACAGAAAAAAUAACAAUAUUUGAACAUGUUACAAUAUAAUUCCCUGCCAUUUCAAAAUCCUGUAUGUUGUUAUUAAGGUUGUUACCAAAUUUAAGUGAAAUUUUAUAUUUGUAUAUAAUUAUGCUUCUAAAACAAAUUUCAAACAUCGAAUAAUAUGUAAAAUAAGUACUGCAAAUAUUUGUCCACAUUAUAUGUAAUCAUUAAAACAUAUGCAUUCAUUUCUUAUUGAAAAGUGUGUCUCAGACUUUACAGAAAUAAUUUUUUUAAUUACCUCCCUUUAAUAGCAUGAAAUGUAAAUUCGCUAAUAUAUUUACAAAAAAUGCUUUUUGGAACUUACGAUAUUGAUAAAUCUUCAUUUGAGCAUUAUAUUUAUGAUAUAAAUCCAUAAAAAAUGUGUCACAGGAUCUUUAAGUAUAAGUCAGAACAAAAAAGAAACUUCGAACAUAUCAAAAAGAAAAUAAUUUUCUUGGAAAAACAUUUUUUGCCUCUCAAUAAAAGUAAUAUUUGCUCGUUUCAUAAACAAUACUAAUUCAUACAUGUAUAUAUUUGUUAAACAAACGCUUAGUCAGUUUUUUAACUACCAACAUUAGUAUAUUUAUACUGACCAGAACAGUACGGUUAAUCAAUGUGAAAGUAUAGGACAAAAGUAGAAUAAAGGACUUCACACUGACCUUCGUAUUUUCUUAAAAGGAGAUGGUUCAAAAUCUAAUGAUAAAAUUUCAUUACUACUUAAAAUACUUCAUAUUUCAUAUGAUAAAACCAAGACCUAAGUUUCAAAAUAUAUGUUUGAUACAAUAUUUUUUUAUGAAUUGUGUAUACAUAGGCAAUAUGUCUUUUGAAGGAUUUAUUGUGUUUAAGUCGUUUAAUUGCUACAAGUCAAAGGUGCAAUCUACAUUGGACUGAACCUUUAUGAAAUAAACAGCGUUGAACAAAAGUGAUAUUUUAUUUUGUAAAAGCAACAUAUUUUUUGAUAAUACAAAACAAGUAAACAUUAAAAGGUAUUUGAAUAAUAAGUUAAGAGUAAGCAAAGUAUCCGAAUUAAUAUUUAGGUAUAAUACAAGUAAAAAUCUAACAAUGAAAUGAUUAGUGCUUGAUGUUGUCCGCUUUGCACAUGACUUUCCAUUGUAUCAAUAAAUGUUCUGCUUCCAGAUUAUUAAAAAGGACGUACACUGUUUAGCAGAAAUUAUCACAUAAAAUGUGUUGUAAGGACAGAACGUAAAUAUGGCAUUAUCUCUCAGCAAAGACAUCGGACCAGUCUAUUCUCUAUCAACUAUCUUUGAUAUUUCCCCUGUGUAUUUAGGCUCGGCUCCCUUUGCAUUUGC